AGGCGUGUCUACUUCCUCAUGACUUGUUUCAUUUUGUGAGAAACGGAGAAAUUGGUGAAAAAUGUAAUCAGCGUUUGGGUGGACGUCGGUUUGUUACUGGGUGAGUAAUCUAGUACUGACUAUUACCUGAAGACUACGGCUAGAACGUAAUUAUGUAGUAUUUACAUUAGUACGAGCAAAAUAUGAAAAUGACGAUGCUACGACCACCUUCUGUUCCCUGAGUCUACUCUAGUGAGAGCUAGACGGUGCAGCAAGACGAGGAUUUCCACGAAUCUGUUUCGUCUGUUCAAAUCUGACGACAACACCUUAAUUCAAAUCUGGCGACGCCACCCUGUUCCACUUUUUGACGACGACAUUGCCCUUUCCCUGACGACGACAUCCUUAUUCCCGACGACGACGCCCUGUUCCACUUUUUGACGACGACUUCAAGAUGGCGACGAUUGAGGCGUUACGGAAGUCCGAACAGGCGUUCCGCGCGCUAGAUGAGUGUCCUGAGACGAAGGAAAAACUGGCGAUCUUGAUGAAGAUUGAGAAGUACGUGCUCACUGACGAUCCUUCUUACCGCUGCAUCGAAUCCGUGUUGCAGAAUUUCCUGACCUUGCGACACCAAGAGAGUAGGCCAGCGCCUUUGCGAAGAUAUCUCGCCUAUUUCCUGGAGCAAGUGGCUCUGCGCAAAAGCAAGAUGGCGUUGAGAUGUGUGCCAGCUUGCAUCACCUUGUUGGAGGAUCCGGAUAGCCUGACAAGACAAAUCGUGAUCCAAAGUGCUAGGGCCCUGCAAAGCAGAGCAUUAUUGCUGAUUGGUACUCGUAGAAAGAAGUAAAGAACUAGUAUGCCAAUUCUUCCUCCCAAUUGAUGCUUUAUCAUAGAAGCAGAGCAUUUUUGAACACUCACUCCGUGGUUUGACUUUUGGUUUUUACCUUAGAAAAGGUGUGCAGCAGUUGCAAUCACAACAUUCGUGCGAAAUAUUUUAAAGUCUGUCAUUGCCGUUUUCAUCACGCAACAAACACCACAGCCAAAGCGUCUACUGCACAAAGCAGUAAUGUGGAAGCGGCUUGUCAGGCUUUGUCGCAAUUGCAGGAAAGGAUAUGGCAUAUUCUGCAGUAUAACGUAGAAAACGCUAAUAAUGAGGAGUCAACGCGGAUCCAGAAUACGCCGUUUCACCAAGCCUGUCUCUUCGUUGCCCACCAGAUCAUUAUCACGACAAGCAGGUACUACGGAGUGAGAUGGCUUGAGUACGUGCUGUUACUAGCUCGUCUAUAGAAGUCGAUGUCGAAUAGUCUUUAAUACACUCUGAGAAAUGAUGAUGAUCAUUGUCGCAUCCUUUCACCUCUGUCUACUACAUUUCAUCUCUCAAGUACAUUUCUAAACACCCCUCAGUGCCGUAUUCGUCCGUCCAUCGAUCGCAGUAGAGCAACGGGGUGUUGCGAGUAUCGAGGACAUCGGUGCUAACGAGUUUUUGCCGCCAGCCACCUUGACAGACAAAGCAGGACAACGGCUACAAGAUCUCAUCUCGCUCUUGGAUGCGAGUCUCAUCUUAUGACAACGAUUUCACUAAUUUUUUAGAAGCAUGAACUAUAAAAAGGAAGAUAUACCACUGUUUUCUAAGUCCGAAUCGACUAACAACACCAUCAUCAUACUGUUUUCUAAGUAGUUGUUUUUUCAGCGUGAUGAAACUUCAAGCACAAGGGGAUGAUAAUUUGUCUAAACUCGUCGUCACUGUACUAUUCAGAAGGGAGUUUCCACUGCUCUCAAGCAAUAGAUACGCAAAGGACGGCACCAAAGGAUCUCUAAUCAUCGGCUCUCAGCAGCUGAACAAGGAUCCAGACCAUAUCGUUUCGCUUCUCGAGGCUUUGUCGAUAAUUGGACGGUACAGACCGCAAACCCUGACGAAAAUUCUCGAAGUUUUCCAGCGCUAUGCCAACCACGAUCCUUGGCUUGACACACUCUUGUCCUUCCACAUCCGCUCAUUCUUAGCCUGUGCCUUGGAUGGAGAUUAUCACGCGACGUGUGUCCACGUGCUAAAGAAAAUCGAUCCGAGUAGUGCGGGUACUUGUGUUAGUUUUUUGGGUUGUUCAAGUCUUUUGGGUUGUUCAAGUGGUCUUUUGGGUUGUUCAAGUCUUUUGGGUUGUUCAAGUGGUCUUUUGGGUUGUUCAAGUCUUUUGGGUUGUUCAAGUCUUUUGGGUUGUUCAAGUUAGUUCGUUUUUGGGUUCAAGUCUUUUGGGUUGUUCAAGUCUUUUGGGUUGUUCAAGUUAGUUCGCUUUUGGGUUCAAGUCUUUUGGGUUGUUCAAGUUAUCGAUGUUGUUGAGUAUUUCUAUUCUUUUAACUGGGUUGUUCAAGUUAGUUCGUCCUUCGAUUCUUCUUUCUUACUACCUUUUUCUUUAAUAAUCAAAAGUGGUUUUUAACUUGGAUUCUUUGAAUUGAUGCCCGGUUGGAGUUGACAGCUUAUUAAUGAUUGAUUAAUCUUUUGCUGGGAUUUUUGUUGACAUUGUGGGUAAUUAGGGUGGUCGACGCGAGCUGCCACCUUGGAAUCGUUGCCUUUUUUAUCUUUGACCCAGCAUCUUCUCCACUACUCAGCUCUUCCGAUGGAGAACCUGAUUGCGGUUGCUAGACAAGAUCAAUUGCGUGCGAGGGCUGAGGAGAAGAUCAACAAGCUGGUCAAGGAGACGUUAGACCUCCCAUUUGACGGAGACACGUUACUCGGCACAGAACAAGUAGUUAGCGCCUCGGAGCUGGUAGAGGCGGACCAGAGCAAGUAUGUGGAGCCGUACACGCUGAUGACCCUGCGCUUGAAUCCGAAGUUAUGUCAUUAGUUAACUUUUACUAAGGUCUUACUUUUACUAAGGUCUUACUUUUACUAAGACCUUGUUCGUCUCGAUGGUAGAUAAAAGGUAUGCACAUCUUCAUAAGUAUGUCUCGAUACAACUAUAAUGAAUCUUAGAGCUUUGUACAUCUACAUCACUGGCAUUUUGUGAUUGAUGCCUAUCUUCUAAUACUCGAUGCCGCCCGAAUUUGCGUUUCUGGUAUUGAGAAGCAGCUGGACAGUGCGAAGAAUUUUGCUGAUAGCGGAUCCCUUAGAGCGACUAAGGAUUUGACUGCGGCAGCUGCCGCAGCAGGUGGUGGUAAAGGAGGUGCAGGUGGGAAGCCAGGAACAAGUGUUGGCAUAGAGAGGAAGCUGAUCACACCCGAGAGCUUUCUUGACGAAGAAGGUGGCGAAGUAGUAGAUCCUAGGGCAAGGAAGAGGCAGAAAAUUAAAGACUCAACGAAAGAGCAAUAUCUCGAUACAGCGGUACUUAGUUCAUUUCUGAGAGAGAGAGAGAGAGAGGGGUUGUCCUGAAUCUAUUGUUGAUGUUUUUUCAUUGUUAUACGGUUUUAUUCAUUUCUAGUCCAGUAUCAAUCUGAGUAGAUUCAUGAAAUAGGUUUCAUCACCUCAUCAUCACGAAUGACUACAAGAAACUACCUCUCUCAUCCACACAACGAACAGGUCAGCAAAUUCGAGGGUAGCGCUGCAUCUAGUGAGAUUCAAAGCUUACAACAGAUGGUUUUUGGAGAGGUUUUAGCAGCCAAAUCGCGCAUGCAGAACUCUCUGCAAGCGUCCUGCUUAGCAGAUACGUCUCUAAGACAAUUUGAUGCCGUGAAUAACCGUGUCAUCUCCCAUUUGGCCAGCUUCGUGGAGGACCCGCUGUUAGAGGAGGUCUUUUACGGCAAGGCCAUUGGUAAAGCGUUAUCGGGGAAGAACAACGAGACGUGGCAACAGGAUAUUCUGCCUCUGUUUUUCGCGAAAUACAGUUCCACAGUGCAGAGGAGGAUGGAUGCGAAGCAAGGAGCGAAUAUGCGCAGUCUGCGGAACAUGCUAGAGUCGGUGCAGGACAGCGAAUUCACCUACGGCAAGCUGUUUCAGCUGUUUCUGCGCGUGUACACGACCAAAUUUGGCGGAGUAACGAAGAAGGAAUUACGAGAAUUUCUAGGGUCGCUGCCCUACUUGCCAGAAAGCCUAUUUGGCAAGUUGGAGAACCAGUGCCACGUGGAGGGCAUGCCGAGGAAACAGGCUUUGAUUACGUGCUUUUAUGUGGCCGAGAAGUUUCCGCAGUCAAGAGCACAAGCGAUGCGCUUGCUGUUCAAGAUGGCGUACACGCAGAAUUCCCCGGAUGGGGGUCCAGUGAUCAGCUCGUCGAUUUCAGACGACUCUACGUCGCAAACCGCGAUUCGCUUUUUGGCUGCGAAGGUCUAUCAGCCGCCAGCCACAAGUUCCACAUCCCGGUCGAGUGGUGCUGGCAUGUUGAAGCGAACGAGCGACGGUUCGAUGUUGACCAGAUCGACCACGUCUUCCAACAACAACUCAAAUAAGGAGGGUUACGUCAUUUCGCUAGACGCUCUCCGAUCGAGAGAUUUAGAGGACAUGGCGACUCUGAUGCUCCGGUCGAUGGUUCGAUAUCAACGAUUUGACGUGCCGAUCGAACCUAGUGGCUAUAUCAGGCAGAUCUACGAGGAGAUAACGCACCAUGAACACGUAGUACCGGAAGAGUCGAGAUUUUGGCUCUUUUUGGCAAUGUCGAUCAAGAGACCAUCGUUGUUGACGCAAUUAUUAGAGGUGUACGCUAUUGCGGAACAGGCUAGCGGGAAUCUGGAGAUCAUCAUUAUGGUUGGAAAAUGAACAAGUAGAAGUUUGGCUGAGCCGAUGAAUUAUCUGACGAUGUCUGUAAUUAUGGUUGGAAAAUGAACAAGUAGAAGUUUGGCUGAGCCGAUGAAUUAUCUGACAAUGUCUGUACGCCACAGCGCUCUACAAUUCUACUUUCUAAGUCCGAAAAAACCUUAUUGGAGCACAUCCACGAGGCUUUGA